GGCCAUCUACACCUAUCAAACGUAGAUCAUUUUAGAUUGCUAUUCGCAGCGAAACGGUGUUUUUGUGUAUUAAACAGCACAGUUACAGAGACUACUAAGAAAAUGUCGCGGCUCAUCCAAUUGCUUUUCUUCAAUGUCUUCAUUGCUUUAUGUCUAUACAGUACUGGAGACUGCCAUCCUGUUAAAUUAAACAAACAUGUUAGUGACGAGAAAUCAACGUGGAAGCGAGCAGCAGUAGAAGAUGAAUCCGACGAAGUAGAUAGCGAAAACGACAAAGACGAAAUCGAGUUCUUUGACAAAGCAGAAAAAGACGAUGAGGGCGAUAACGACGACGACGACGACAAAGCGGAAAACGACGAUAGUGAAUCAGAGAAGAAUGACGGCGAAGAUGAGGAAAAAAAUGAUGAUGAAGAGAAAAAAUCAAAAGUAGGACCUGCAUCUGAUGAGAAUGCCACUGAGGACACAGACGCUGCAGCGAAAGAAAGUAGCAAAGAAACAGAAGAUAAAGAGGAAAACAAAGAAGAAAAAGAAAGCAGUAAAGACGUCGAGGCUAAAAAAGACGACGUCGAAGAAGACGAGAAAGAAACUAGUAAAGACGUCGACGAUAAGAAAGACGAGUCAGAAGAAAAAGAAAACAGCAAAGCCGUUGAGGAUAAAAAAGAUGAGAGCGAAGAAAAGAAAGAAGAGGCUGACGCCAAAGAGAACAGCAAAGAAACAGAAAAUAAAAGUGAAAACGAAACUGAAGAAAAGGAAGCCAGUAAAGAUGUAGAAGACAAGAAAGAAGAAGAAGGUACUGAAGAGAAAGAAACAAGCAAAGCAGUGGAAGACAAAAAAGAUGACGAAUCAGAAGCAAAAGAGAACAGCGAGGCUACCGAGGAGAAGAAAACUGAUGUGGAAGUAGACGCCAAAGAAAACAGUAAAAACACUGAUGAGAAGAAAGACGAAGUGGAAGACCCAAAAGAAGCCAGCACACAAGCAGAAGAAAAAGCAGACGAAGCUGACGUUAAAGAGACCAGCAAAAAUGUCGAAGACAAAAAAGAAGAAACUGAAAAAGAAGAAACUGAAAAAGAAGAUGAAAAAGCAACAGAAGAAGCAAAGAACAAAGAAGAAUCCAAGAAGAAGAAAGAAGCGUCGGCCAAAAAGCGACACAUGAAAAAACACAAGAAGAACUAAAUGGCGUAGGGAUAAUAUUAAAAUAACAGUGUUCAAACUGUCAAAUAACUAUUUUUGUAGAACUAACUGUAGAUCAUUUGAACAAAUAAAGUUCAUCUCCAUAAAAGGAUUAUUCACACAA